AUGUUGGUGCUAGGGUCUCUUAGGUCGGUGCUGUGGUCCAGUUCCACAGCGUCGCUUAUUGGGAAGAAGAGCCCUUGUUAUACAUAUGGUAUUUUAUACCGAGGUUUCUCUCAAAGUGUUAAAACGUGGCAAGAAAAUGUGUUGAAAGACGAGUCCAGCUUGAAUCUUACUCCACGGUUGUUGAAGAUUGUUCCUAAUGAUACGGAUAUCGUGACCCUUGAGAAGCAGGAUGAAUUAAUCAAAAGACGUCGUAAACUUUCGAAGGAAGUCACUCAAAUGAAGAAACUGAAACCGGUUUCACCUGGUUUAAGAUGGUAUCGCUCCCCCAUCUAUCCAUACUUGUAUAAAGGUCGUCCUGUGAGAGCUCUGACUGUUGUUCGGAAGAAGCACGGUGGUAGGAAUAAUUCAGGGAAGAUUACCGUCCGCCAUCAAGGUGGUGGCCAUAAAAAUAGAACGAGGUUGGUAGAUUUCAACAGAUGGGAAAGUGGGUCUCAAACAGUUCAACGAAUCGAAUACGAUCCAGGCAGAUCCUCUCAUAUCGCGCUACUGAAACAUAGUGCGACUGGCGAAUUAUCUUAUAUUAUUGCUUGUGAUGGUUUACGUCCAGGCGAUAUUGUCGAAUCGUACAGGAAAGGUAUUCCUCAAACUUUAUUAGAUGAAAUGGGUGGGAAGGUCGAUCCUGCUAUCUUGAGUGUCAAAACUACGCAGAGAGGUAACUGUUUACCUAUCUCUAUGAUUCCUAUCGGUACUAUUGUUCAUAACGUCGGUAUAACACCCGUUGGACCUGCUAAAUUCUGCCGUUCUGCAGGUACAUAUGCAAGAGUUCUUGCGAAACUGCCUGAGAAAAAGAAAGCCGUUGUUAGGCUACAAAGUGGUGAGCAUCGUUAUGUCUCUUUGGAAGCCAUUGCUACCGUUGGUGUGGUCUCCAACAUUGACCACCAGAACAGGUCUCUCGGUAAAGCCGGUAGAUCAAGAUGGUUAGGAAUAAGGCCCACCGUCAGAGGUGUUGCCAUGAACAAGUGUGACCAUCCUCAUGGUGGUGGUCGUGGUAAAUCUAAGUCUAACAAAUUGUCAAUGUCUCCUUGGGGACAAUUGGCAAAAGGCUACAAGACUAGAAGAGGUAAGAAUCAAAAUACAAUGAAAGUGAAAGACAGACCAAGAGGAAAAGACAAGAGAUUAUAA